CCGAGAGGACUUCCGGACGCUGAUGUCGGAGCCGCGCCGGGCUGGCAGGAUCGCGGCGGAGUGCCCAUGACGAAGUUAGCGCAGUGGCUUUGGGGACUGGCGCUCCUGGGCUCCACCUGGGCGGCUCUGACCACGGGAGCCCUGGGCCUGGAGCUGCCCUCGUCAUGCCGGGAGGUGCUGUGGCCGCUGCCGGCCUACUUGCUGGUGUCCGCCGGCUGCUACGCCCUGGGCACUGUGGGCUACCGCGUGGCCACUUUCCAUGACUGUGAGGACGCCGCUCGCGAGCUGCAGAGCCAGAUCCAGGAAGCUCGGGCCGACUUGGCGCGCAGGGGCUUGCGCUUCUGACAUCCCGGCCUUGUUCCCCCGCAGCCUCUCUCCCGCCUCCCAUUAAAGAGCUUAUUUUCUAA